AUGUCGGUCGAAUCUUUGCGCUCGCUCGAGCAGGUGCGCCAGCGCCUGAACACGCUCGCCAACACCAUUGGCAAGUUGCUGCACGAUCUAGACACCAACGACCCGCUUCCCUCGUGGUAUGCGACAGAGCCACCCUCUUACCCAUCCAACUGCUCACUAAUGCCCAAGCCCUUGAAAACAGGNCCUUCACUGCAAAACUCGGCCAACCUACUCUACCACAACCUCGACUCGCUGAACAAGGUCCUCUCUGGUGCUCAGCCACUUCUCGCCAACGCCCACGUCUACCCACUGCCCUCGUACCCAGGCCGCACCCAGGAAGACUUGCUCACCCAGCUGCUGCGCAANAAGCUACAGCCACAAGUCGAAGACUGGAUCGCCAAUGGAGACCGACAUGCUGCAAACACCGCCAUUGAUCCCCCUCAGACCAACGGCUCCUCUGCCAAUCCUGCUCCUUCUGAACCACAAUCCAUGACCACAACCCAGUUGACCGAUCUCUGGGAAUGGGCUGGUCGGGAAGGCAACAGAAUCGCUCGCGAUAUGGGUGUCGAUGCAUUUGACGAUGUCUUCACUCUCGAAGAACACGAACUGGGCAUUGAGAAUGUCGUUACCGGCCUGCGUCGCAAGCUGUGGGAUAGCGACGACGAGGACGAAGACGAUGAGGACGGAGCACAAGGCAAGAAGCAAGACGACAAACAGCUGGAAAUGGAUGUGGACAUGGUAGACACCAUCCCCGAGCCUGUCAAAAGACUACAACGACACAAUGUCGACCCCUCAAAGCCACCAAUGAGCAUCGAGCACAUAUUGAGAUUCGCUCUGACCGCCAGAGAGCCCCCGAACGCUGUGUAA